ACGAAUCAGAGCCCGGACUCACUUCCGGGGACUGUGUGUGUGUGUGUGUGUGUGUGUCGCCUCUCACUCCUCCGAGCCGGCAGUAUGUUUCCAACAGCAGUGUGCAGGACUCUCCUGCACGGUGUUCGAUCUCCCCUGCAUCCAGCCGUUGCGGUACCAGCGCUGAGUCGGUUCUACCGCGGUGAAGCUCCGGAGGCGGAGCGGACUGUGAUCCCACUGCCUCCAUGGGAGGAGAAGAAAAACGAGCCGCUGGACAUCAAGCGGAAGCGUCUGCUGUAUGAGAGCAGGAAGAGAGGCAUGCUGGAGAACUGCAUCCUGCUCAGCCUUUUUGCAAAGCGCUACCUGGAGAGCAUGAGUGAAUCCCAGCUGCGCCAGUACGACCGCCUCAUCAAUGAGCCCAGUAACGACUGGGACAUCUACUACUGGGCCACAGAAGCGAAACCUACCCCAGACGUCUAUCAGGGAGAAGUGAUGGACCUGCUGAAGGAGUUCACCAGGAACAGGGAGAUGGAGCAGAGACUGGACGCCCCAAACCUCGAGUACCUCGAUAAAAGCAGCCUGUGAGGUUUUUGUUCUCCUGUCGCCUGGCUGCUCAUGUGGCUCGUGAUGAGUAGAAGGUGGAAGCGCGUGUGUUAAAUCAUACGACUGAGGUGUUGUGUGAUGACUCAAGAGAAAUUGAUUUGUGAAUGAGCUGCUAAGAGAUUUCUCACUUGUGUUUAACGUGUACAGUGACUUUUAUGGGUUGUAAUUAAAGAUGCUGAUGCUGAUGA